UCUUCCUCUUCGCUGUUUGUCCUCGCUUCCUCGUCCACCUUCCCUAUACCGCUUCUAUGUCUUUACCCCCAAAAUCUCUUACUUAAUCUCCUUAACCUGCCACAUUCUCUCUCUUCUCCCCCCAAGUUUCCCGCUUUCCGCUGCUUGAAAUGGCGGAAGGUCGCCGGCUUUUAAGGUCUUCCACCCAUAGCAAUUGCAUCCCGGAAAAACUGCUUCUUGGAGAUCUGAAUGCUGACCCCUUGCUGAUUGAUGAGCAACGAGCCAGGAUACAGCUCCGGCAGCGCUGGGAGCUCGCAUAUGUUCUUAACUUCCUUCGCGUUUUUCGGCCGGUUAUUCCGAGGAAUCUGAUGAUUCCCGCUGAAGACAUUGAGACGGCUCUUAUUGCAGCUAACAAGAACUUGGGACGGAUUCACAUUGCGCUUUUGAAGGGAAUUCCUCCAAUAAAUAAAAGUUUGAAAGAUCCUGAUGCAUGGAUCACAUCUGUUUGCAGGAAGCUUGCAAAAUGGUGGUCAUUGGUUGCUGAAGGAGAGAAUCCACUAAGAGCUGAUCAUGGGAGGGAGAUACCAUUAUACAAGAAACUUGAUCCAACUACUCGUUUGUUGAUCUUAAAAGCACUUUGUGAUAUUCGUGCAGAGCAAGAUGAUAUAUUGCAAUUUAUAGCAGAAGAGCUGAAAAAGGGAACCAUAGUUGGUUCUUUUCGAAAGGAAAAGAUGGAGGUUGGUGAUAGUGGAGUUACUUACUGGUAUGAAGGAGACCGAGUAAUUGGUUAUAGGCUGUACAGAGAAAUAGGUAAAACCUGCUCUAAACAGAAAGCAAAAGGAACGGAUUGGGUGGAACCGCCAACAUUUGAUUCUCACUGGGAAACAAUAGCUAUUAAUCUUGAAGAAUUUCAAGGAAUAAUGGACAGACUUUCAUCAAGCAAGGUACCUGGAGAAUCCUUAGUAGGGGAGACUAUAAAGGCCAAGAUUCUUCCUGUUCUUAAGAAAAUUGAAAAGAAGAAAGCCCAGCAAGAGAGGCUAGCUCUACAAUUGGAAGGUUUUCUGAAUUGUAGAGUUGGGACCACUCGCUCCUGCCGCACUCGUAGGCCCGCAAGAUACACAUUUGAUGAGUAUGAUCGCUCUAUUGAUGAGGCCAUAAUGAUAUCAACGGAAGCAAAUAAUGUGAAACCAAGAAAGGCAAAUGGAGAAGAAGACAAGAAUGGCUUGAGUAAGGAGUAUCCUUCCUCAAAUGGAAGAAACAUGGAUACCCUAAAUGAAAACUCUGGCAAUGAUGAAGACCUCAAGAGUUCUGAGAUUAGGAAUGAUUUGAAGAACUGGGAUAACCUCAGCAAUUGUGACAGUGAAGAUGAUGAUUAUGAUGGAUUCGGUGAUCGCACGGGAACCGAUGAUGAAGAUGAUAAUAAGGUUUACUCUGAUUCGGAUAAGGAAAAUGUGAUUCCACCUUCAAAACCAGCUCGCCGCCGCCAAAAUUUUGAUGCUUAUCAUGUGCUGACAAAGAAAAGGAUGAGGCAAAGACCAACUAAGAAUGCAGGUUACACUGAGGUCAUCUCAGAUUCUGAGGAUGAGAAGCCAGCUAAAAAUCUCAAACCAAUUACAGUAGACUUGAGUUCUACUGAGGACUCUUCUUCUGCCAAAUCAGAGGAGGAAUCUGGGGAGGAUCUUUCCUAGUUUAAACCAUGUUGAUGAAAAUUUUUGAUUCCUUUCUCAUUGCGGUAUAUGAAAGCAAGAGAAAUUUUUUGUUCCCAAUCCCUGUUUUGUGGCAUAGCAAUAUAUGAUUAGAUCAGUGUAAAAUCAUCAAAUUUUGUUUAAAUUAUUUGACCUGUUUUGUACUUGUAAACUUGAAUGUUUUCUGCCAUAUGCCAAACAAUU